GUGAGUUUUGCUUUAUAUGUGGAAUCUCUUUGGUGCCAUAGUCUUGUUAUAUUUCAAGCAUUGGAACUAUUCCUCAGAUUAAAUUGGAAGCUAAGAAGACAAAUGGUUUCACAAGAUUCUGAAAAGAUACAUUCUCCACCGCGUUGCAGCCCGCAAUUUCCAAACAUUGGCCAGGAGCCUCCUGAAAUGAAUAUCUACUACGAAAACUUUUUCCAUCCUCAGAACAUUCCUAGUCCGCAAAGGCCUACAAACUUUGAAACCGGGGACUACAAUGCCACACACAACCCAUACCUGUGGUUAAAUGGGCCGUCCAUUAACUCCCCUCCAUACCUACCGGGAUCCAAUGGCAAUCCUUACAUUCCACAGUCCUAUGGGAUGCAGAGGCAACUCCUGCCUAACAUGCAUGGCUUGGGGGCAAAUGAGAUGGGCUGGCUCCCUAUGCCUUCUCAAGAGGAGCUGAUGAAGUUGGUCCGGCCACCUUAUUCUUAUUCCGCACUCAUUGCCAUGGCCAUCCACGGAGCACCAGACAAGAGGUUGACUCUCAGUCAGAUCUACCAGUACGUCGCUGACAAUUUCCCUUUCUACAACAAAAGCAAAGCUGGCUGGCAGAACUCCAUACGGCACAAUCUUUCUCUCAAUGACUGCUUCAAGAAGGUACCACGAGAUGAAGAUGAUCCAGGGAAAGGCAAUUACUGGACCUUGGAUCCAAACUGUGAGAAGAUGUUUGACAAUGGAAACUUUCGUCGCAAAAGGAAGAAGAAAUCUGAUAUUAGUGCCAGCACAGCAUCACUUGCUUCUGACAAAUCAGAAAACGGUGCCCUCAGCAGCAGCCCCAAAGCAGCAGAGCAUCAAGACAUUUUAGAAAAUUCCUCUUCUGGAACUGAGAGCUCACCUGAAAAGAGCUCCCCACCCCCACCUUCUGCUGCUCCCUGCCUGAACAACUUCCUGUCCACUAUGACAGCAUAUGUGAAUGGGUCCAAUUCUGUGAGUCGUUCAGUGCCCCUGGGACUUAGUACUGAAGUUGGGGACAAAAUGGGACAAAAUAUGGUAGGCUUCAACUCAUACUCUCCUCUUUCUAACAUUCCCAGCCAUGGCAGCGGAGAGUGGUCCAAUUCCAUGUCCUCUGGUCAUCUUGGCUACAGCAGUUCAGUUCUCAACCAGUUCAACACCAGUUUCUACAACAGCCUUGCUGCAAAUAAUACCCUGUAUGCCAGAGAGGGUACUGAAGUGUAAAUUUGUGACAAGAGGAGAAAUAUGUACAAAUAUGUAGAGCAAAAAUAUGCUUUGGAAAGGUGCUUUAUAUUAGUUCUUCAUUUCUGGCACCCAUCUGCCGACUUUAGUUAGACAAGCACAAAAUUCUUUAUUAAUACAAGAUAAAUAGGCCACAAUGGUUUCAAGCUGCACUGUAUAAUUUUGACCUUCAGGGGUCUUAUCUUUCUACGUUUACAUAUGACUAUAUCCUCUAACUCCACUUUAAUGAAUAUAAAUACCCUGGUUCCAUUGUAAAGCAAAACAGAAUGAUCGCUUCAUAUAUAAACCCAUCUUGAAUGGAUGGAAUGAAAGCAGUCUUUUCUUACUUUGCAACCACAUUCAAUUUGAGUAUGAAACCAUGAGUAAAGUGUAUAAAUAAGCUUCACUAACAGUGAAAUCCUAAGCAGAGUUACUCCAA